AUGAGAUCCACAAAAACAAUAUACAACCAAGUUUGUGGAUGUACGCGCGCGGUGCCGCUUCUUCUUUUUAUUAGUUUUGCAGAUUUAUAAAAAGAUCUUUUGCAGUGGAAAAAUGAACAUAAAUGUGACAAUUUAAAGUGACUAAAUUAUUAUAACUUCUUAUUAUCGAUUGAGUAAAACGUAUAAGUGCAGUGGAACUUAAAAUUAUAUCAGCUUAUCGCUUCAAAGGCGAGUUUUUAUACGAUUUCCUUUAGUGUAGUGUGAAUGCAGCCAGUAAUGGCGUAAGGGUGCAUGCAAAAAAAGUUAAACAAAAUUGCUGACCAAUAUAUAUAAUAAAAAUGGAUGAAAUUGAAUACCUGGAGGAGUACGAAGAUUUAAUUCUACCAACAGCAAUGAGUACACAAGCUGCGACUACGAAAGGUCGCAACAGGACUCAACUAGUUACUAUGGCGGAUGAUGAUGAUGACUCUUCUUCUAUAGACCAAGAUAUAUUCGACAGUUUAUUUGAUGAUAAUUCUGACGACGAGUCUGUUCUGCAUAAUAAAAAAGGGCCAGCCAAACUGAGCCAACGUAGUGAACGUAGUUCACGAAUUUCACGCGUUUCUAUGGACUCGCUUGAUAUGCUUGUAAAAGAAUUAGGUGAGCCAUUCAAUCCAAAUGCAGAUGGUACAAAAUCAACAAAUAGAAACACACCUAAACUGCAUAAUACAAAAGUUACUCAACCCAACAAAACAGUACAAAAAUUUACAACCACAACAACAAAGGCAAAAGGUAGCAACUCACCAACGCCUGUUCCCAGUGGUAGCCUCAAAACAAUUAACAAGUUAGAAGCAGCUAAAGCAAUUGCCGAGCGCAAUAUCAAAGCUAAAUCAGUGGCCACGGUAAGACCAACGGUGCAACAAAAUCUUGGUCAAGCAACAGCAACAACGAAGUCUAUGCAUACGAAUGAUCCUACAACACGCAUUUUACAAGGCAGUAGAAGUAGUGGCUUCCAAAGUACGAAAAUAACUAGUGGUUCUGCAAAUUCGUCCAAAGUUGCCUCGCCGACUCCGUCAACAUCACGUAAACAAAUUUCAGCUGCUACUUCAACAACAGGAAGUAAUAGCAAUUCGCUUAACAACAGCAAGAAUAAUACGCCAGCAUCCAAGCGUAUAGUGGAACGUUCACAGACAACCAUUAUAAAACCGGAGAAACCACAAAUUAAAGAUCCCGCAGAAGAUCCUUUAAGUUUGGAAAAUAUUGAGCAUGAAUCCGACAGCGAUUCUGAUUCGUUUAUAUAUUCGGAUGUAUCAGCUGAUACAUUCGUUACGCUUAGUGAUGUGGACUUUGAGGAACGCAAUAUUAUUGAUCUAUCCAACGACUCCAACUAUGAACGUGCAAAUUUAGACAAAAUACGUGGGUCAACGCCUUCCCCCACAGUUUCGGAUGAUUAUAAAAGUGAUAAGGAGGAUUCACCGACAAAAAUGCUGUCGAAUUUCGACGAAAAAUCUAAGGACGGCUCUGUAAUGGAAAGUAAUGCAAAUGCUGCCGCGAAAUUUCGUGUGCGACAGUAUGUUGAAGGAGAAGCAACAACAACAAGUCGUCAGCGUAAACACGAAGCAACUAGCAGUUCGCAUGAUAAAUCAAUGAAUGUGGAACAACAAACAGCUACAACAAAUGAUACGCUAUUGGCGCGUAUUGAUACUAUACUCUCCGCAUCAAAUGUUAAUGUAGAGGAGCGUAAAGUUGUUGAAAACCAACCUGAUAUGGAGGUUGAAGUUGUGACCGAUAUUAAAGCUGACGCCAAAGAAAGAGAAAAGCAAACGAGUGUUAUGUCAGAUAGUGCAAAUGCUUGUGAUAGUCAAAUGGAUGACACCGCAAUUGCGAAGCCAGGCGUAAUUCAAGAGCCAUCCACUGUUGAAACAAUGGAAAUCGAUAUUGAUAUGGGAGAAAUUGUGGAGGAAGUCGUUGAUAAAGAAAAAAAUAAUUUGGACAAUAAAGAAGGGGAAAAAACGUUUAAAGAAAGAAAUGAUAAUACCACUAACGAAGCGAUUAGCGUUACAACUGUUAAUAAUACGGAAGCUUUGGCAAUGCUGGAAGGUACGGAAAAAGAUGAGCACAUUGUAAAAGCUACAGAAAAUAUUGAUGACUCUGUGCAUCAAAUGGAUGUCGUAAGUGAGCAGGUUGUUGAAACAAUGGAAGACUUGAAUAUAAACACGGAGAGCGCGCCAGAUGAACUCAAAGAAAGCAAAGACAAUGUGCCGGCAGAAGUGGUAGCAGUUUCCGAGGAUGCAGUAGAGAAUACUAUUAAUACUAUAAAUCUCUCUGAAGGUGUUGGGGAAAUAAAUGAGAGUAAAGAAGCGGAUAAUUCAAAUAAUGUUCAGGAAAAGCUCGCAGAUGAAACGAAGAGCGAUAGUAAGAUCAAAACAGUUGUAGAAAGUGUUAAUAACAAAGAUCUCGAGAGUGAAAUUGAAAAUACUGGUACAAAAGCUCUUGCCGAGCAAGUAAAUUUCGAUUCCAAAACUGAAGAGAAAACAAAUGUUGAUUUACUGUUGGAGAAUCAUGAAAAACAAUGUAACAUAACAGAUGACGAUACAACAACAAAAACUGAGGAGACUGAACAAAACCAAAAGUGUGAAAAUAAAUUUGAAAGUGCGGUAGGGAGUGUAAAUCAACGAAAUGAGCAUGAGGAAGACUGUGCGACCAGCUCCAAAAAUGUCAAGGCGCUUCAAGAACUUCAAGAAGAAGAGGAUGUUUUUACAGUGGAAGCUAUGAAGAAAAAACGUGGAGCGGAUAAGCAACGCCUUAGCCUAAGGCGUUCGCGGACACCAAUUAUUGCUAAACUUACCGAAAGUACAACUCAGAAUCAUGCUCCAACUGAGAAAUGUGAAACAGUGGAAGUUGAGUCUAAAGUUUAUGUCACAACUGUAGAUAGAACUGAAGAUGAUACAGAAAUAACGGAUACAAAGAUAGAUUCAUCGGUUAUAACUAAAGUUGACAAGUUUGAUGAAGAUGUCCAUGAAGACAAUAUAAAGGAAAUGGAAAAGAGACCACCAUCCAGCAGAAACAAAAGUAAUACACGAAAAGUUGAUGAUAGCAAUAAGGUUGUGGAGACAGAUAACACAAAGUCGCAAACGCAAAGGAAGUCUAGGCAUGAUAGAAAGGAAGAUGCUUUACGGUCUGAUAGCAGAAAUGAACACAACGAACGAUCUCAAACGCCACGUGGUAGAAAAGUGCAAACAAAUCGAAACACGGCAGCUGAUAGGGUGGAAAAACCGCAAACUGGUGCUGAAAAAAAUGAAGUCGCUGAUACUGAAAGUACCAAGGAAGCAGAUGCAGGGAAAAUCCACUUAGAAAAAAGCAAGGUCCAUGAACAAUUGCAAGUAAAUGAACAAGUGACACCCAGACUGGAUAAAAGAGUGCGUGGCCUGGUGGUUUCAUUGAAAAAGACAGACUUAUCAAAAGUUCUAAAUGAAAAACUAUUACGUAAAAUAAAUACAGAAGCAAAAAGUGAAGUGUUAAAUGAUUUAAAAAAGAGUGAAACGGCAGCUCACAUAAGUGUAGAUAAAACAACAAUAGACAUCAAAGAACAAGCCACAAGAAAAGGUGGAUUGAAAGAAACAACGCCUUCAGUUAGGCAAGUGAAAGAUGCUGGUGUUGAAAAGUCUACAGAGGAGACAAAUAAAGAUUUAAAAUUCGCAAAUACAACGGAGAAAGCCAAAGAAGAUAUAAAAAAUGAUAAAACUGAUUCAUCUAGGAGAGAUGAAAAAUCUGGCGAUAGAUCAAGAGGGCAUUCUAGAUAUGAAAGAUCUAGAAGUAAAAGCAGACGGGAUCGAACUAACGAAAAAUUUGCAGAAAAAUCGAAGGAACAUUCGAAAUCUGUGAAACCUGAGCACAAAUCGGAACAUGCUUCGAGACAUGACAAAUCUGUAAUUAAAGAUUCAAUAUUUGAAAAAUCUUCAGAUGAUGCAAAGAGAUAUUCAAGGAGUGAAAAGUCUACAGAAAGGUCAAAAAGAGAUACGAAAUAUGAAAGGUCUGAAGAUAGAGCAAAGAGGGAUUCAAAAGAAGAAAGAACUACAGAAAAAUCAAAGACUGAUUCAAAAGGGUCUUCUGACUCAGCAAAGCAAAUUUCGAAAGAGGAAAAGUCGAUCACUGAUUCAAAAUAUGAAAAGAAAAGAGAGUCAGCAAAAAAGGAUUCAAGAGGAAAAUCUGAGUAUAAAACAAAGUGUGAUUCAAAAGAAGAACAUUCAAAGAGUUUUUCCAAAGAGUCUGCAGAGAAAGCAAGAAAGGAUUCAAACGAUGGCAAUUCUCCUGAAAAAUCAAAGAAAGAUUCGAAACAGUCUACGGAUACAACAAGGAAUGUCUCGAAAGAAGAAAAAUCUGAGAACAAAACUAAAAUGGGCUCAAAAGAAGAAAGAAGUGUGGAUAAAUUUAAGAAAGAAAUAGGAGAAUCUGUACAGAAGACAAAGUAUAGUUCAAAGGAGACAAAAACAUCGCAUGCUUCAAGAUAUGAAAAGUCUACAGAGAGAGCAAAGAAGGAAUCAAAAGGUGAAAAAUCGGAGGUAAAAGAAGAUAAUGAUUCAAAAGAGAAAACCUCAGAAAAAGCAAAGAUAGAUUCGAAACAUGAAAAAUCGGAGGUAAAAGAAGAUAAUGAUUCAAAAGAGAAAACCUCAGAAAAAGCAAAGAUAGAUUCGAAACAUGAAAUGUCCACAGAAAAGUCCAGAAAUGUUUCAAAGGAUGACAAAUCAUGCAGUGAUUCAAAAGAAGCCAAAACUUCAGAGAAAUCAAAGAGUGAUGCAGCAUAUGACAAGUCUACAGAGAGAAUAAAAAAAGACACGAAAAAUAGAAAACCUGAAACAAAAACAGCAAACAUUUCGGAAGAUCCUUCAGAUAAAACGAAGGAAGAAAGUUUAGAAAAAGCUCAAGAGCCAAAGACAAAAUCUGAAGAAAAAUCUCCCGAUUACCGAAAGAUGAAAUGGAAAAAUGACAAAUAUACACGAACAACCAAAUCUGCUAAAGAUAACAAGGAACUAUCAGACAGUGAAGCGAAUGAUAAAAAAGAAGCAGAAUGUGGUGCUGGCGCAACAAAGCAAUUAAACGCAGCAACUUCAAUGGAUAUCGAAACAGCCAAUGACAGAACUGCGGAACAAAAUCUAAACACAGAAUUAAAUGUGAAGUCUUCUAAAAACGAUACCACUAAAAGUUGCUUGGAAGGGAGUGAUAGCAUGGUAGAAGAAAUCACUGCUGAAAGUCAAGAAGAACACAUAGAAGAGCAGCCCAUCAUAACCGAAGCGCAGGCAGUAAGUGAAAGCGUCGAUAACAUACAUAUGGAGUGUGAAAAUAAAGUUAAAGAAGAAACAGAAGGACCUACUGAAAGCACAGAGAAAACUGAAGAAGAAACAGCAAUUACUGAGAACAUAGAAAAAGCUGGAGAAGAAACAGCUAUUGCUGAUAGCACUGCUACACAUAAGAUCAAGAGAGGAAAAAGAGGAAGGUUCUCCAAAACACGAGAGAAAAGAGUUAAACGGAAGCCAGCAAACGAUAGCUCGGGUAAAACUGAGACUGAAACGAAAUCGAAGGAAGAAGAUUCGAUUAUUGAAAACUCAGAUAAAAUUAAUGAAAAUAAACCAGAGGAUAAAACAGGCGAAAUAGAAAUGGAAAAAGAACUCGAAAUCUCAGGUAAAGCAAAAGAGGACCAAACGGAAAUUGCUGUAAGCAUCGGUGAAGAUACGGAGACAGCUGCAACAAUUGCUGAAAGCAAACAAAAGAUGGAAAUUGUAAAUACAAAUGCUGAGGGUGAAAAUAUAGAAAAUAUGGGAGGCCAAACUGGCCCUGCGAUAGAGAAAGAAGCUGGAGAGGAAACCUCUAAUACAAAAACAGAAACAGAUGAAGUGCUCGAUAGUACAGAUAAAUUAGAAACACAAAAUGAUACUCAAACAGUUGACGAAAUUGUAAAUCAGAACUUAAAUGAAGAUGUCGUGUUAGAAGUAGCGGCAUUGGAUGUCGGAGAAACAGUACAAAUUCAAGCUAAUGCUGGAACAUUAGAAGAAACGGUAAACUUGACUUCAAUGGCAACCGCCGAGACCGAAAAAGUUUUUGAAAGCAUAAAUGUAAACGCAAACACUAAAAUAAUAAACAAAAGUGCAGAUGAAAUUGUGGCUGCUAACCUUAUGGAAGCCGAAGAGUCUUUAAACAAAAAUCAGACAAGCAAAACUCAUGAAGACAUUAUUGAAACUGAAAAUGAAGUAGAAAUCGCUGAAAAUGCCGACCAAUCCAAUAAACAAGAGUUUACAACGCAACAAACACCAACAACAAAAGAUGUUGAUGCUGUUGGAGGAGCAAAGGAAGCAGCAGGUGAAAGUGGUGGCAGUGGUAACAGCGGAACAACAAAAGCGCACCGUAAUAAACAUCCACGCAAUUUUGCAGACCAAAUAAUUGCGCAAUCACCACAACUGCUAUCGGCCGACGAGGACGAACAAGAAGGCGGCGCAACGCGUCGUUCAUUGCGCACGCGUGCGGCCGAUCAUUCGCCGUGCAGUAGAAACGAAAAUCAGAAGAAAAGCUCCAAAGGUGCUGCUGCAAAUCAUACACAGAGUUCGGCAUUAACAAAUAGUAGCCAAAAAUCUGCGAAAGAACAACCACAUAGUAGCAGAAGCUCUACAGCGACGCCAACGACGAAUAUGACACGAAAGCGCAUGCGUGAUCACACUCCAAACUCAACUGCCGAACAUAGUGAUCAAGAGAAGUCGCCGAGUAAAAAGUUGAAGUGGGAGUCAGGACGAAAAUCUUCACGCAUGCACAAUGAUGACGUGAACACCAGCGAGUGCGAACCCGAUGCGGCGGCUGUGGGUCAACGUGCACAAGAGAUGCAUGCUAAAUUAAUUGACACAAAAGAUAUGAAAGGAGGUACUAAGAGCGGGCAGGAGAAUGCGGCAUCAAAACAAAGCACCGUCGCCGAAGUCAAGAAAUCGGCAACCGGCCUUAAUUUAAAUACGUCUAAAAAAUCAGUGAACGCCAGCCCAGGUGCUACUAAAGCUGAAACAGCAGAAGUAAAACGUAAGCAGGAACUUGAAAAAUUGCCACCGGGGGGAACUACAAAAAUAACAGAUGCGAAUAAGAAGCGUCGUACUGAGCCAGAAAGUGCACAAGCAGUCAAGAAGCCCGACGAAACACAACAAAAACCAGUCAGUGCAACGCAUAAAAGCGCAGUUAAACAGCCAGCCAGUACAUUAACGACAGUAGCAAAAACUACACAUGCGCAUGCGCCAACGGCAGAAGGCGAUGCUGCUGAUCCAUUGCAAUUGCCUGUGAAACGCUUCAAACGCCUGCAAGCCAUCGAUGGCUAUGAUACGUUGAAUGUAAGUGAGGAGCGUAAAGAGGGUAAAGUUGAAGAGACGAAAAACAAAAAUGCCACGUCAAAACGUAAGUCAUUACGUCCUGACGUCAGCAAACCGACUGAAACAACACAUAAGUUAACAGCAAAACAAAGCCAUCAACAACAACUUUAUCAUAAAGGCGUUGCAGGGAAGCCAUUGGAAACCACAACUUUGUCGCUGAAGGAUAGGAAGAUCGUUGUGCCCAAUACGACUGUCGUCAAAAACGCAGCGAAUACUGAUAAAAGCGCAAACAAAUCACCAACAAAAUCACCCGGUUCCAAGGUAAUCACCUUCAAAGAGUGGUUAGAGCAACAGAAGAAAAGUACCGGCGAAGAGGGUGGUGAAGAGGUGCUUUUUGAGCCAGAUGAAAGUGCCAUACGCAUGGAUAAAAUACGGACAACCACAACGCCCGAACUGAAACGCGCCAAUACAAGCGCCAGUGAUGCAAGUACUUCGGCUAAGCAGAAACCAAGCGUGCCCACAGCAGUACAAACGCCAGCAGCGGCUGUGGCGAGCGUGAGUAAAGACGCAAAGAAGAAAGCGAAUUUACGUGAUGCGGCUAAAAGAAAGCGGGAGGCGGCGUUUACGCCAAAUAAAGGAAAUCCGGGAAGUGUUGCAGACGUAUUGGCAAAACAAACGCCACCCGCUGCCAAGCAUGGGCGCAUUGAAAAAGUAGUUACACCUACCAGCACACCAGCCGGUGCACAUUUUAAACGCCCCUCACUGCCGCAAAGAAUGCCACGCGCGACACCAACGCGUUUCAACAAUCGCACACCAACACCAGCCGAUGGCAGAGCGAGUCUGCACAGCACACAGCACCAGGCAGGGAUACAACGCCUUGGCACUAAAGUGAACUUGCGUAAAUUGCGUGUACGCAUAAAUCGUUCCACUGUGGCGGCAUAUUUCAAAAAUUUGAAUUCAAAUAAGCUUAGGGAGCAAGCUAUUGAGCAGACCGUCACAACUACGCAGCCUACUGCAAAUAUAACAUUAAAAAGCGUUGCGAAAUCUACGGAGCCAUUGCAAAAACGUAGUCCACAAAAAGAUCCACUUGCGCUACCGAAGAGAAGCGUGGUCACCCCGCUUACAGCAACAACAACAACAGGCGCACCACUAUUGCCUACUCUAACGGCGCGUCCAAAUGUUAUUGCGGCAACAGAAAGCAACGUUACGGUGAAAUCUACGCCGAUAGCUAUGCCAACUUUAACUAAGGUGCCAACCAGCGUACAGGAUAAAUCACCAAAAAAAUCUCAAGACAAACAAGCUGAUGCAACCCAAGCUGCAGCUGCAGAUCAGGAGCAAUUUGGCAGCAACGAAGAGCUUUCUCUAUUAACACCAAUGAAAACUGUAACAACACCACAGACGAGCAACAGUUUACGUGCACAACAACAACAAAUGUCUACAACAGCAGCACCGGAAGCUGUGCAUGAGAAGCGUGCAAGCACGACAAGCAGUUCGGACAUCAUCAGCACACUUCGCUCUCAAACGACUGUCAAGCCAACCAACAGCAGUAUCAGCAGCAGCAGUUCAACAAUUACCGCCGCCAGCAGUAGUAGUAGUAUACCUAGCAAAGAUACACAAUUACCAUUUACACCUGUAGUGCCUAAAGAAGAGCUACCCGAUGAGCAUACAUUGCCGAAACACCCAAGUCAUGCACCUACAGCAAUUACGCCGGCCGCGAGUGUAGACAAUGCGUCCACCACAAAUUCGUUGGCUUCACGUACACUCGCUAUAGCAGCCGCCACCAAUUCGGCGCUCAAUCAGACGCCACCUACAAGUGAUGCAAGCGGUUAUUACGGUCUGACGCCUACGCAGUUAGACACGAAUGGCACGCGUCUGUAUACCUUCUUACAUCCAGCCAAGUAUAAUCGUAAUCACGGCUGUGUAUUGCUCGAUUACUGUUGUCCCAAUCUGGAUGGUCCAAUGCCGGCCAUCGAUCCGACGCGUAUACACGCGCAAGUGCAGGCUGGUGUACGCGAGCUACCCGCUUAUAUCGUGAUGACAACGAAACUUAUAACGCGUGCCGAUUUGGAGGCCAACAAGAAUGUUAUACCGGCGUCCAUACGCCAAAAGGUGGAGAAGAUUACAGCUGAUGCUUCGAAUGCUGCCGCAAAUCAUGCGUCUGUGCCGAGUGUAAUUGGUGCUCCGAAUGUAUCGCAAACAUCGGUACCAACAGUGGUGCCACCACAAUCAACUGUGGCGGUCAGCAAGCCCACGACCACUACGCUAACACCAACCAUGACGGCAUUGCAAAAACAUUUGCCCUCGACCACGAUCAUUACGCCGAAAAUGAUGCCAGCGUCAUCUACCGCCACAUUGGCCACACAAGGCACUUCACCCACAUCGCAAUUAGCCAAUGUAUCAGAUUAUCAGCGUUCUGUGUUGCGCACCAGCGUACGUCAGUUCGAUGCACGUCUGAAAAAAUACUAUUAUCGCAUUGCAAUGCUCUCAUUUUCCGAUCGGCAAACGAUUAUCGAUGGCAUCAUCAAUUCAACAACGCUAACACCCAAAGAUGUUGACUGUGCGGUGCGUUUGAUUGACGAAUAUGCGGCACAAAUUAGUAAAUUGCCACAAACCAGUGCGGCGAAUACAGCGAAGUCGGCAACGCCUGCAAUACAAUCCGUAUCAAAAGCAAUAACAACACAAACUACCAAUACAGUGGUACGCACCACAACAAUUCAACAGCAAGUGCAGAAACAUAAUACGCAAAGUUCGAAAAAUCAAGUUGCCGUUUUGGAUAAAGACAAUAGCUUAUUGGGUUACCAACUGGCCGCUUCACCAAUGCCCAUGAACAAAUCAACUAUAUCUACACGUUCCAGCAUAAUGUCGACCUCGAUAACGGGCACGGCGAAUUCGUCGUUGCCAAAUGCAACGAGCACGUCAAGCGGUGUUUUUGCAUCAUUGAAGUCGACACAAGAUUCACCAAGAAUUUUUUAUACCAAGACGCCAAUGCAGACAUCUACUCCAAUUGCAACAGCGACUAGCAGCAGUAGCACUCCACAUAAUGAUGGUGGUAAGACAAUAGCGCGGCGUGGUACACCACGCAUGGGGCGAGAUGUGACCAUACGUCAGAUUCCACAAAAACUCAAUUCUCUGUCCACAUCAUCCACAACGGCAACAGCAACACCACCAACUGCGCGCCGCUUGCCCACAUUGACGCGUAAUCCACAUUUGACCGCAAGCAGCAGUAGUUUGGCUGAAAAGAACAUCUCCGAAACGAUUACAACACGUUCGGCUGUCACCAUUUCUUCAAAUGCGCCGAAGCGUAUGACACGCGCCACCGCAGCGGCCAAAGUUAUUGUGAUAACACAGAAUAGUGAUUGUAAUAGUGCGCUGCAGGAUGAGUGUAUACUGCCGGAUGGGCAUGAAAAUACCGAAAUUAAACGUGAGAAAUCCGAUGAUGAUUUUGUUGGUGGCAAUUAAAUAUAAUAUAUAUAUUUUUUACAAUAAUUAAUAGCAAUAGUAAUGAAGAAAAACAACAACAAUUAUAUAUAAGUUUAAUACAAAAUUACCAAUACUACUAUUUGGACGCAAAGGAAUGUUGUAUGGGAAGUAUCGUAAAGAGUAUGUUUAACUAAAUAGCUUAAGUUUUCAAAUAAUGAGUUUUGCGUAUCUACUUUCUAAGUUUCUUAAUUGCAUAACUAUUCAAUAUUUUGCCAACUGGUGGUAAAAAUUUUAUUUGCUCAUUACUCGGCAUAUAAUUUGUCUUUGUGUAAGUUAUAUACAAUUAAAUAUGUACUAUAUACUCGUAUAUAACAAUAUUUAGUUAUAGUCGCUAAAUUACUACCAAUAUGGUCUAUAGCCUAUAACAAGCAACAUGUUCAUGAAAAUCGCCUGCAAUUAAACUAUACCAUACUGCAAAAUUAUAUGUAUAUAAUGGACUUACAGUAACAUUUAAUGUAUGUAUGUAUUUAAAGUAAUUUCUAGAAAUUACAAAUUUUCUUUCCUUUUUUUCACAGUUAUGUAAGUCAUGAAGUGUGAAAAUAUCAUAUAAGAUUUAUUAAAUUUGAAAAAUUAGAGACACAGCUAAUUUACUACGUAUAUAAUAAAUGCAUACAUUUAAAAUAUUAUUUUGUGUAUAAUAAAGAAAUAGUUAUCCUUUUUUAUCCAUUCUAUGCUAAUACGCAUGCGUUAUGACUUGUAAAUCACGUGACUCUCGUGACAACUCGGUUAAUUGCGGGUGCCCUUUUUCAUAAGGAAUAGGGUGCCGUUAACAAUGUGCGAUCAGAGGCGGUUGCCAAAGCUCUCGACGAGUUUCGCGAUCGAAUCGAACCUCAAAUUCCGGAGGCGUUCUCUUCCCCUUGCUUUGGAACGACCUACUAAAGUGGCUGACAUGUGAUAGCCUAUGCAGAUGAUGUUGCCCUUAUGGUUAAAGAAAAUUUUCUGAACACCAUUUAUGAACUAACCGGAGGAUAUCUGCGGGUGAUUGCCAAUUGGGCGCACAGAAGCGGUUUAGCCGUUAAUUCUGGUAAAAUUGAAUUGGUGUUAAUUACGAGGAAAUACAAAAUCGUAGGACGUCCUCACCCCCUCGCUGAGAAGAUAUUGGCUUAAACAUGUAGGAAAGGUGAAAUUCUCGACCACUUGGACUACAUCUCUUGUAAUCUGGAUUACUGUGUUGCGGAGCCUAAUCCGCGCGGCUCCUCUGUUCGCAUUUCUAUAAAAGAAAUGUGGCGAUGGAGAAAAGGCGCGGCAACCUUUUUCACGUGCCAGAUUACUGCAGCGUUUUUCAAACGGAGGUGGCUAUCCAAAGGCAGCAUGUGAUAGAUUACUCAGAUAUGCUACCUUUGUGAGGGAGGUGAGCAUUCACUUGGACAGUAGAGUGGCAAUCCUGAACAUGUGCUCGCUAACGGAUCAAGGAGUGCUUACUCUCUAUCAGUAGCUUCCACUUUUAAUAUAAUACUCAUCCGGUAUCGCUGAAUAAUCCAAAGCCGAUGAGCUCGCGUGUAAGGGCACCCAAGCUGAAAUCUCAUCGGAGUGAGAAUAAGCUAGUGCCCCACUAUCCACAUGCCUCCCCGCACUGGAUCUGUUGUGGAAUGAACACGGUAGGCGUUGGACAUCCAUUCGUACCUUUGUGACUGCGAGAUCAAUCUGGCCUAAGAUGGAUCGCCGGAGAUCCACUGGCUGUUUGCUCGUAGUAAAGUUAAGCUGGGCGUGAUGAUAGGACUCAUUACUGGACACUGCACGAUGGGGUUACAUGCCGUGAGGCUAAAUAUCCUGACGGACGCAAGUUGCCAAAGUUGCAUGGAAGAAGGGGAGAUUGAACAUGGAAAGACUUUCUUCAUUGUUUAGCUUUCACUAUACUGCGGCUGAAAUAUCUUGGCAGGACAAACUUAGAAGUACCAGCUUUGACGUUACAUGAGUGACUUGGGUAUCCAUUUUGAGGGGUUUGCGGCAAUUGAGUUCUCUUGUGACACAGGAGAUCAGCCACUCGAACCUGACCUAACCUAUCCAGGUAAUUGCGGAACCUCACAGAGUUGAUCUUUCUCCUAUGUUUGUUGUUGUUGGUAUCAUACUUUUCUAGAUACGUUCAAAAGAGAAUUCAGACGUUCAAAUAACAGUUCUUGGCCGUAAAAAACCCGAGUCAAUUCCGGUAACAUAGAACCCGCUGUCGUGGUAAUGCUCUUAUGCUUCAUCGAUUUGUACGUGGGUUCGAAUAGCCAAAUGCGGCAACUUGUAGAAGGAUACUCAUAAAAAGAACGGAGAUAACGAAAAAUAGCAAGUAUCGUCGAUAAUUGAAAGCUAACUACAUAAAUAAUUUUUGAGUCCCAUACAUCAAAACAGUUCCAAUUUCAAAAAUAACGCCUUAACUCCUGGCAAAAGUUGCCAGUACGGCAAAAAUAAGAAAAUGCAAAAUUGUGUUGUUACUUUUCGCUCCAAGCAGCAACUGUCAACUGGAUAAGUUUUUUUUGUUAUUGAGAUACGGCAACUGUUGAGAUAUUUUCUACUAUUAUCUGCUAUCUCGUUCAGCCCAUCAAUGAGCAUGCGCUCUAUUUACACCAGAAUCACGCCACUUCCCAAGAUGACAGUAAACAUAUAUAAAAAAUUAUUUAUUGUUGUUGCACGCACACACCGAAAAUAUUUUCGCUGAGCGCCAGUCACACUCAAUUGAGUCAACUGUUAACUAAAGUUGCCACGGAAAUGAAAACCUUUAAGGCUUUAAAUUUUAUAUUGGAGUUGCUUAAUUUAGCAAUAAUUAAUAUUAAUUAAUUAAUUAAUUAAAUUUUUAGUUAAAAACUUUGUGGUUUUACUAUGUGUAAUGCUGCAUUAAACAUGCUAAAUGUAGUUAUUAAUUAUCUUAAAACACAAUUCGCCACAGUCUGGCAGCACGAAAUGAACUGGAGUCGUUAAACGUUUUAAAAACCGCUCAAUUCAGCUGUGCAACAUAACGCUUGCGCAAAUCUUACUGAGUGAUUUACAGAUUAAAAGGUGUUUAAAAUUGUUUUUAAUUUGUAUACAGUUAAUAUUAAAGCAAAAUCAACGAAUAAUAACUCGCCGUUAUAACAAAAGCAGUUAAUGCCGAUUAGCACAGAUCAUUUUGAUUGUAUAUCUGUAUGAAUUAAAGAAGUAUGCAAGCAGCUAGUAUUCAGCAAUAAGUAACGCAUAUCCAAAAUAAAAAUACAUAAGAAAUUGUGCAAAGUUAUCAACGGCCGUACAACAGUAGUAACAACUACAACAAGAGAAGUACAAAAUAAAAAUAAAAAUUGCAAUAUAUAAAGGAAAUAAGUGCAGCAGAAGUAACACGCCACUGUUUCUGCUUAUUUUACAUCACUUUAACGCGUAAAUUUCAUUGCUUCCUGUCUGGGCAUUCAUAUCGAUUCGCAUACAGACG